GUGGGGGGAAGGGAGGAGGGGUGGUGUCGUCAUCGCCAUGUGACCAGGAGCGAUGUGCGCGCGGGGUGCCGGGAAGGUUUCUGAGGCGCUAGCGGGCGAAGAGGAGGGUUACUCCGUUGGAGUCCGAACCACGCGCUGAGGCGGGAGGGAGCCGACCUAGAUGUGAAUUACUGCAAUGAGUAAACGUAAGUCAAAGGAGACAAGCUCUGUAAAUGGAGAAUGCAUCUCACAGGUACAAAGAAUUUUACGUGAAAGAUUUUGUCACCAGUGCCCUAAUGGAAAACUGUUUGGGGUUCAACUUCAGUACAAACAUCUACUGGAGCUGCUGAAACGAACUACUAUCCAUGGAGAAAGUAACUCUGCACUCAUUAUUGGACCCCGGGGAUCAGGAAAGACUAUGUUAUUAAAUCAUGUUUUAAAAGAGCUCAUGGAAGUAAAGCAAGUGAGGGAGAACCUCUUGCAAGUUCAUCUAAAUGGACUCUUACAGACAAAUGAUAAAAUAGCUCUCAAGGAGAUCACAAGACAGCUACAAAUGGAAAAUGUGGUUGGAGACAAAGUUUUUGGCAGUUUUGCUGAAAACCUUGCAUUUCUUCUUGACGCUUUAAAGAAAGGUGACCGAGAUAGCAGUUGUCCAGUGCUAUUUAUACUGGAUGAAUUUGACCUCUUUGUUCAUCACAAGAACCAGACAUUACUGUAUAACCUUUUUGAUAUAUCCCAGUCAGCACAGACUCCAGUAACGGUUAUUGGACUUACAUGCAGACAAGAUAUUCUGGAACUCCUGGAAAAGAGAGUGAAGUCAAGGUUCUCCCACCGACAGAUAUAUUUGAUGAAUUCAUUUGAUUUUAAACAAUAUCUUAGAAUAUUUAAAGAACAGUUAUAUCUACCUGCAGAGUUUCUAUACAAGCCUUUCAUACAGAAAUGGAAUAAGAAUGUUCAGUCUCUUUCAGAAGACAGAACAGUGCAAGAUGUGCUACGAAAUCAUUUCCACUGCAGCAAAGACCUGCGAUCACUUCACAUGCUAUUGAUGCUUGCUUUAAGUAGCAUAACAAUAUCUCACCCAUUUAUGACUGGAUCAGAUCUUCUUGAAGCAAGCAAAUUGUGCAGAAUGGACUCAAAAGCAAACAUUGUACAUGGUUUGUCUGUGCUGGAAAUCUGCCUAAUUAUAGCUAUGAAACAUUUAAAUGAUGUUUAUGAAGGAGAGCCAUUUAAUUUUCAAAUGGUCUAUAAUGAAUUUCAGAAGUUCAUACAACGGAAAGCACAUUCGAUGUACAACUUUGAGAAACCUGUUGUUAUGAAGCCAUGAUCACUUGAUGUACGUUUAAGAUCCCUGCACUGAAGGUGGAAGCAAAAUGAAAAUCCAGAUCAAGAAAAUGGGUGCAUGAGUAGUUUGUUUUAUAAACAAAAUGAGCAAGUUGCUCUACCAGUACCAAUAACCCAUUAAAGCAGGGAUUCUUAUGGCUACCAUGAAACCCUAGGAAUAAGAGUGAAAAACAGCAAGCAGAACAGAAUUGAGUGGUAUGUUAUGCAUGAACGUUACUAUUACCCUUCUUCCCCCUCCCUGCUUAGAAUAUGGUAACCUAGGUCUUGUUUAUAAAUAAUUGUAUUGUUCCCAGAGAUUAAGUGCAUAUUAUAUGUAAAAUUGAGUGUAUUCUGUGGUUUUUACAAAUAACUGUUUAAAGAUAACAUUCACAGUGAGCUCCUGAUUGUGACAUUAAAAACUUCCUUAAAAAUCUGAUGCAUGAUUUAAAAAAAAAAAAAAUGACCUGACAAAAUACAUAGCAUAAUACUGGCUAUUGUUGGUUCAGUACUUGAGUACUUUAGAAAGUUAAUUUUUUUACUUUGAUCUGUAUAAAUGUAAAGGAUCAAAUAACUAAUGUAAUAUUAAUUUUGAAAAGCACUUUGGCACCUACAGUCAAUUCAGGUUUUUUACAUUACAUAGUAUAUAAGGCAUGAUCUCCUAAACCCUAAAAUAAUGUUGGAGUCAGCUGUGAAAGCAAUUUUAUUAUUUUUUGCUAGACUGUGCUACCUAUGUUGGUAUUAGUUACCUCUAAAUAGUCAUUGCAUAUUUGAAAUUAUAGCAUAAUAACUAAAGUUAUCCCUGAAUAUUUUUAAGCAGUUACAUCAGAAGUCUGUGGCUAUCAUUUUUAACAUGACUCCAGGAUGAACCUAUGCAUCACAGACAUCAAAUAUCACUCUGACAAGAUGGCACCAAGCUUAAGUGUAGAGAAGUUGCAAAUCUCAAAGCAGAGAGAGUGAGGAGUUCCGGGUAAUUAAGCUUCCUGAGGUGAUCCUGAAACAGUGAUACAGAACACACUGCAUACUGUUAGUGAAACAAAGUACACUAUGCAGAACUUUUUACAUACAUAAAUAGGAAAAAGCCUUCUUUAGAAAGAAUAAGAAUUAAGAGCUUUCCAGUGUCAUAGCUCACAUAAAAUUAAAAAAAGUCAUGCUCAAAUAUUCCUCAGACACAGCAAACCUAAAUAGUAAAAAUAAAAUGUAUGCAAUAUUUUGGGAACUGAACGUGAGAUAAGCUUUAAACUAAAAACAGGAAGAAAGUUUUGUUUCAAACCCAGCACUUUUUAUACACAAGCUAGCACAAGAAAGGGCUAAAAACACUGCUUUAGGAAUGGCCAUUUACUCUUGGCAUGAAGCAUAGCUUACCCUUUUUUAAAUAACAGUGAAUUUGUAAUACAGCAUUUACAAAACAUGGAUCAAUUUAUUAUUCAAAUUGUUAGUGUUGUCAAUCUCAUAAUUUAGCAGACUUGGAACUGAGGUAUACCUUGUUGAGGGAGGUUAAAGUAAUGCUUGGAAGCCUCUUUGCUAUAUCCCACUUGAUUACUUUUGUUUAUAUACAUAUAACAGCAGCACACUAAACAUUCACAAGCUGUGUCAUAUUGGCAUUACAAUAGUCAUUUAUAUAAACACAACAGCAAAUGCAAUAAAAACAAGUUACCCUUUUUUAAAAUCUGAAAUGAAAUGUUUGAUUUAAAAAAAAUAGCAGUAGUUCAUUUAAGGAAUUAGUCUCUUCUGACAGAUAUUAAGAAAUCUGAUGUCAGUUUUUAAAACACUUGAUUAGCCCAGAUAGGUCCAUAUUCUUCAUUUAAGUUCCUUAACAAUAUUUUGCCACUUCUCAGGUCAACGUCCUUCAGGACGGGAAUGCAGUAAAGUCUCAUGUAUUCAUGUUUGGAAAAAAAGUCUCCUUAUUGACAUUCCCAAAAAAACUUACCAUUCCUCAUUUCACACAGAAAGUAACAACCGUAAUCAGUCUCAUUAGCUUUAGCAGCUCCAGUUCAGAAUCCUGUUGGUCAGAAUGCAUAACCAGUGCAAUAUCAUAGACUGGAUUCUUUGGGAGGAAAGUCAACAUUUGUCACCAUUGUGACCACUGUCACAAUGUCCUCUGUUGUUAUAAUGUUAGUCAGUCUUUGCAUCUGAAUAAUCCGUUCUUCUACGCAGCCAGCUGAUAACCUGGCUUCUGCAUCAUGAUCCCAACAUUCUUCUAUUGUUUCACAGAGCAUUGCCAUUCCCUAAAAUAAAAAGUAAUAUAUAAGUGGAGCUGGUAACUGAGUUGCCUUAUACUUUCAUUAUAAGGCCCUGUUUUCAGUUAAACCACUCAAGCUGAAAUCUUCUAUGCCAGUUGUAUGCCUCAGUAUUUUUUUUUCGGGGGGGGGGGGCACAGAAAGUUUCAGCUAAAUCAGUUCAACUGAUUCAGAAUGAAGAUAGGCAAAAUAUGUUGAUUUGUCCAUGUUGAAUAAAUCUUACGUCUGAGAGGUUCUAUGUUUUGAAGCAGGUACUUGAAUUGGGCAAGGGGAUCACACAUGUUCACUAGAAGUUUGGUGAAUUUAACUGCAAGUCUCUAACAAAGAUUGUCUGCACUGAGUAUGCUCCAUCCCCUCACAGCUCCUAUAUGUCAAAUGGACAGAACAUGAACCAUCCUCAGAGUGACUAAGCAGGACUUUUCCUCCAAUUCCUGCAGCCUGAGAACUCCUGUGACACCAAAAUAGUGCAAAGAGACUGUUUUUCCCAUGCUCUCAAUGCUCCUUCUGCUGGUAACCAACUUGAAUGGAAUGCAGAGGGGUGAGAAGGGUAGGAUACAGCCCAGAAGGAGGUACAAGUGUAGAAAGAUGACUGGGUGGAAGAGUCUUGUAAUCACAAACUCUUCUCCAGAAUCUGAAACAGACCCCAGGACACCUGAGUCUCAACAUUUCCAUGCUGUCUAGCAAAUAGCUGUGAUGUCCACUGACAAAAGUGUUUGUUUCAUUCUCCUGUAGCAGCUGGAACACAGAGGGCAACAACCUAGUCCGGCUAUCAGUUACUCUUAGCUCAGGUGGCAUGAGAUCUGUGCUAUGAAUCUAAAAGUCCCAACCCUGCUGAUGAACCAUGCGGAGGUUCAUAUGGUUCUGAAUGAUCACAUUUGUUUUUUUCAGGAAGUUACAUGACAAAAAGCUACAGUAAAAGAAUGUUAAGGGUGGCAAAGUCAAGAACUCAGAAGUUAAGAAAUGCCAGAACUGAGGUUUGUCCAUGCCUUAUUCACAUCAAAGCACUUAAAUCCUGCCCCGAGUACAGAAUAUUCUCUCAUAUAUAUAUUAUAUUAUAUUUUAGUAACUUUGCCAUCUUAAAAUAUAAUGAAAGAUCUAAGAACUACUGGUCCUGUUCAAAAUUUGAACGAAAUAACUCCAAGGAAAACAAGGGUACAAGCAGGGUAUUAAUAUAGUCGGGCAGUGGAUGCAUGCUUCAUUCCAUGAUGACUUAAAAAUAGCACGCUGCUCCCUAAUAGCAGGCUAGGGUAUGAGGUGUUCUGAUUUUUAGGAGACAAAAAAAAGAGUCACAAUAUUCAGAAUUCUGAAGACGACAUGCCACUUUUUCCUAAAGUGGAGGCAUCGCUCAACAGCUAGCCCAAACCCAAAUGUAGGCAAUUCAUUCUGCCCACCUAAAUUAUCCUUGAAGUUUCAGGGACACUCUACCUUUCUGAGAUUGUUGCUGUGGUAUUAAAGGCAGCCACCAAAUUACCCCCUGAAAGGUGGCAUCAUUUCAGUAAUAAGUGAAGGGGAUAAAUAUGCAUCUUUAUAUGAAAAAAAAAACAAAAAAAACACAGAACUGCUUAGGACUAAAGUUGAAGAGUCCCUUCACCCACCAAGGAUGUUUAAAACUUUUAUGAAAUACUUCGGAAUCCUUUGGUAUGAGCGCUGCAUUUAAAAACAAAGUACUGUAAAACAUAUUAGUAUACAGUUUAAUUUUUCAAUAGAGCUAAUUAUAUAAAAAUAUUGCAUCAGAAGAAAAAUGUCCACAGAUAAGCAUUAAACCAAAUAUCAUUUCAUUAAAGUUUUACAGUUAAAGCACAGUAAUACUUUCAGAACUUGGUUAUUUUACUACUUACAGCAUGUUUCUGCCAGCACUCUCUUAAAACAGGCCUCUUCUUUUUGUGCACUACAACUUCCUGCAUGUCUUCAAGGGAUGGAUGCUGGCCAAUUUCCUCUUCAAAUGGCAACAUGUACUCAUCCACUGGUCCUAUAUUUAAGAAAAUAAAUUUUGCUUUUCAGACAAUUGGUACACCACAAAUUUAAUAACUAUGUCAAAAUACUGUACAGCCAUUUACUCACUAUUGCCAUGAAAAACUCAUAUGAUGCCAAAAUGGCAACACUAGAUGCUGCCAUGUGAGAAGCCUGAGAAGCAAUGGAUGCUAGACUACAUAUCAAGAGCGUGGCCAUGUUCUUAAAAAAACUCUACCAUUCAACUCAUGAAGUUACGUUAAUAGUAACUUAUCCCCUUCAAGCUGACGGCAAAGGGCAACUAGAUUGUAAAAAGAUAUCCAGGGGAAAAAAACAACAGCAACAACGAAAGCUCAGAAUAAAGAAAGGUGCAAAACCAGGUUGUAAUGUAACCUCUGUAGGCCCACCACCAAAAUUCAGAGCCUACAUUACAAGCAUUUUGCAGGUACACUAUACCAGCAAAGUGUUUCUAGCGUGGACGCAGCUUAUAUGGAGCCUAUUCUAGUCUAUCCUCUCCCCUCCCAAAAUGAAACAAGGGCAUUCUUACUAGUGUAACUAGGUCUACCCUAGGGACUUUUGGCAGCACAACUGUCGGUCAGGGAUCAUACCUUUUCACACACCUAAGUAACAUAGGUAUGGCAGUAGAAGUUUGCAGUAUACAAAUGAACUUGGCAUUACACGGAGUACAGGUAGCAAUGCCUACAGUUAGGGUUGACCAACACUUCCCAUGUUAAGACCUUGUUUCCAUUUACUUAUACAGCUAGAAAAGAAAUAGUUUUCUGGACCUAUGACAAUUUUCAAGAUGUCGAAAAAAUUUCCUGUUCCAAAUACUGACAAAAAUCAAUCACACAUUUUCAGAAACCAAAAAGCAAAAACAAAAAAAACCCCACCAUCCUGGUCUGAGUCCAUCAAAAAGUUUGAAAGAUUACAAAAUUAUAAAACCCAUUCUGAUUAACUUUUAAAAUAAUGAUUAGCUUAAAUUUUGAAAUAAAGUUAUAUAGAACCCCAAAACUGGAAUUCUUUAGAAAACAUCGAUAUUAAGAAUUUUGAAACAUAUUUUUCAAAAUGUCUUCAAGGUGAAAAUUUUGUUGAAACCCACUUUUUCCUCUUAAAAGUUUUGGUUUGGAAAAAUUGCCUGAACAACUCAACUUAUAAAACUUGGCCAAAUUUAUAUCAUUCAGGCUGAAUUUUUCUAUAUCAAGUGUGUGUCUGGCUAAAUUUUUUGAGGAAAAUUUCAGCAAAAAUGGUUUAGCCAUUUCUGAGAACAAGAUUAGAGAAAAAUACGUUUUCCUUUGGAACAGUAUCUUAAUAUUUGACUUGGGGGGUGGGAAGGAUAGCCAUGCUGUCAGGAAUACACUUUCUGCUUAUCUUUAAAAAAAUAAAAAAUAAAACACAAAACUUAUAUUUAUCCAAAUAAUUGGACUUUGAAAAAAAAAAAUGCAAUUUGCACAUGCUCAGUCGAGACUUAGAAUCUGGUUAGUAAAUUCUCUGAACAUUGUCUGUACUGAGAAUGCUCCAGUCCCUCAACUCUUACAUGUGAUCAGACUGUGCAUGCAAUGCAAUGAACUAGGCCUGCUCCAUCCUAGGGUGCAGGAUUUGUUCCUUGUAUGUAUUGAAGUCACUUCUGAUGACUUUUUAGAAAAAAAGAUUUAUUAUUAAUUAUUAUUAUUAUUAUUAUUAUUAACUGAGUACUACCAUAAAACAAAUGUCUGUCUGGAAAGCAUGCAGCACACGAGAAAGAAGUUUCCCUGGCUCAAAGUUCUUACAAUAUAUGAAGGAUGGACAGAUAGAAUUCCUCCUAACCACUGUCUAUUCAUCUAACUUAAAUUAAGGAAGCACCAAUUAUGACUCCAUAAUAAAGGCUAAGAAAUUUUGCACGUAAGAGCAGGAAUUCUGUUACAUAUGAAAAUUACACCCUUUCCUCUCCAAAGUUACAUCACUUACUCUGAGUAAACAAUGAAUUUUGUGAGAAUUCAGAAGUAAAUGGUUAGUUUAUGAAUUUAAAUUAAUUUUAAAAAUAGGUUAAGAAAUUUGGAACCCUAUGUCAGACCUUUAUUUUGUUCCCCUAAUAUCUUAAUAGAACAACACUGACUCUUCAAACUUCCCAUAUAAUUAAAAUUUGCUGAAAUCUUCUGGAUAAGUUACAUUUGAAAAAAAAAAAAAAGUAGAUUAAUGGACACUUUUUGGUGUUACUCUUCAUAACUGAACGUUCCUGCUUCAGGUUAAGCUGAAGGAUAAUUUUCAAGGAGUUACAUGAAGAACUGCCCUCUUGAAAAAUAGCUGCUGUCUCUUAUUGCCAUUCAUCUGCUCCUCAAUGUUCCCCUCUGACUUCUGACAGCAUUAAGGGAAUACCAUCUUCCCUGCAAGGAGCUUGGCUUCAUUCCUAUUGUGAAUAAAACAGAGGCAGUGGCCAUUUUGACAGGGCAAUUCUUCAUAAGUUUCUCUGAAGAAAAUUUCAUGCACCAGUGUACACUGGGGGGCAAGCUUUCAAUUAUGGAAAAAAACAACAAAAGGUUAAAUUUAAUCCUUAAUAUUUUUCUUUACAAAAAUUACUUGUUGCCCCUUACCUAGUCAGAGGACAAAAUGGUGCAAGAGGGCAAGAGCCAGCACAAAGUAUGCGCAGAGGAACAGAAGGGUGCAGGAGGGAAAAAGUUAGAAUUUGUGCACAAUAGACUGUGGAGAAGACAAGAGGGAGGGGGAACGUAUGCACAAGGAAAGGUAGGGAACAGGAGUGAGGGGGAAACUGCGGUGUUCAGCAGCUGCUUUCCACUGGUCUGGCGAUAUAAAGCAGCUGUAAACCCAGCAUGAUCUGGCUGCUUUAUGCUGCUGCAAAGGGGCAUAAAAUAGCCGGAGAGUACUGUGAUUUAUUAGAAGUAUCACAUGGGAGAUUCUCUUUGAAUUUCUUGUUUAGGGUUCAUGUAUGCUUUAAAAAAAAUUCAGACAAAAGGUAUGUUAAAAGGAUUUAUUAAGACUGAGAUACAUAUAAGUAAUUUAGGGUAAUACAUAUUACAGGGAUGUUGCAUGUAUCCUACAAAAUCAACCAUUUUAAGCCUGGGAAAUUCAGAGCUUUAAAAAAAAAAAAAAAAAAAGAACAAUGAAAGACAUACACACAACUCCCGCUUCCCUCCAAUCCCCCGGCUGAUUCAAAGUUUUAAAUACUGCGUUAUCAACUAUGUAUUUUUAUAAAUUAAACAUUUUGCUUACCAUCUGACGCAGUACAUCGGGAUGCCAGUUCCCACAGGACUAAUCCCAUGGCAUACAUAUCUAUUCUCAGAAAUGCAUCCCUUUGGAAGUUUAUCGCACCUUCUAAUACUUCUGGAGCCAUAUACCUUCGUGUACCAACCUUUUAAAGACAUUCAAGCAUAAAGUGUUACUGCACUAAAAAUUGUUUAUUUCAAGAUGAGCAAAAAGACAGAUUGACCUUACUGUACAAUUCUCUCCCCCGCCCCCAUUAAAAAAAAAAAAAAAAAAAAAAAA